AUGGUGUUCCAGAAAUCGCCCAACGGCGGCUGGGGGUGGGUGAUAGUCCUCAGCUCGUUCUUCACCCAGUUCUUGUGCUACGGGUCUCCCUUGGCAGUUGGAGUGCUCUACGUGGAAUGGCUGGACCUCUUUGGAGAAGGGAAAGGAAAGACCGCCUGGGUCGGGUCCCUGGCCAGUGGCGUGGGCCUGCUCGCAAGUCCCAUCUGCAGUACCUGUGUCUCUGCCUUCGGCGCACGGCCAGUGACCAUCUUCAGUAGCUUCAUGGUUGCUGGAGGCCUGAUGAUGAGCAGCUUUGCACCCAAUAUCUACUUUCUUUUUUGUUCUUAUGGAAUUAUUGUCGGACUUGGAUGUGGCUUAUUGUACACGGCCACCGUCACAAUCACGUGCCAAUACUUCGACAAACGUAGAGGCCUUGCACUCGGUCUCAUUUCCACAGGCUCAAGCAUUGGCCUUUUCAUCUAUGCUGCCUUACAGAAAGAGCUGAUUGAACUGUAUGGGUUGGAUGGCUGCCUGCUGAUCAUUGGCGCUCUCUCUCUAAACAUCCUAGCCUGUGGCAGCCUGAUGAGGCCUCUGUCGGUGGCCCAGAAGCCCAACCUGGAGAAGGUUCCGGAUCAAUACCUCAUUUAUAACGGAAAAGAGAAGACCUCUCGUGAGGAACACAUCACCAUACUUGAAAAGGCCCAGAGUGAGGGGAAAGGGGAGAAUCAGGAGGCGGGCAGCAACCACCAAGCAAAUGGUGUCCCAGUUCAAAGCCAGCUGCUCUCGGCCUCCCCCAGAGAGUCCGAGAGCUACCCAAAGAAAGUCUCAGAACAAACGUACCUGUGCAAACAACUGGCUAUGCAGAAAUGGGGCCUGUAUUUAAAUUACUGGGAGGACACCCUGAGUCUUUUUAAAAACAAAGUCUUCUCCGCCCUGUUUAUUGCCAUCUUCCUCUUUGACGUUGGCGGCUUCCCUCCUUCCUUGUUCAUGGAGGACGUGGCGAGGAGCUCAAAUGUCGUGGAGGGGGACUGCGUCAUCCCUCUGAUCUCCAUCAUCGGCAUUAUGACCGCUGUGGGCAAGCUGGCCCUGGGCGCCCUGGCAGAUGUAGACUGGAUUAACGCUUUGUAUCUCUACGUCCUGACGUUGAUCUUGACGGCAGCAGCCCUGGUGUUAAUUCCCUUCGCCCAAAGCUACAGUGCUCUGGCAAUCCUUUCGGCGGUUUUAGGGUUCCUGGCGGGAAACUGGUCGAUUUUCCCCUAUAUCACAACCCAGACGGUGGGAAUCGAGAAACUGACCCAUGCCUAUGGCAUAUUGAUGUUUUUUGCUGGACUUGGAAACAGCCUGGGACCCCCAAUUGUAGGUUGGUUUUAUGACUGGACUGCUUCUUACGACGUGGCCUUCUACUUCAGUGGCCUGUGUGUGCUCUUCGGAGGGCUCCUCCUCCUGGUGGCCGUACUGCCUUGUUGGCGUGGAACAAAACCUACCAUCGGCCCAAACCCCAAACACUUAUUCCUCCACAGCUGCCUCCGGAGCGUCAAUGACCGUAUGGAAUAGUUGCUGCUGUUUUGUUACUGAUACUUUUAGUAUACUUUUUGCAUCUAUUUAUAAAGGUUUUUAAGACACUUUUGAUACCUCUUCGAAACACUUGGACCCGUGAGCCAAAACAUCAAGUCCUGGCCACUGCAGCUAAGUUCCAACAGCACAAUGGGGCCUUCUGUUUUGCCGUUGCCCAUAAUCGACAAAAUGCUGCUUGCGCCGGAUUGCAACUGACUAAGAGUCUUUUAAGAUGCAGUGAAGCUCCACUCUUGAGGUGGAGCUUCUCUUGACGAGCUUCCCACUCCCCAUUCCUGAGUGUGCAAGCCCUGGCAAGUGUGCAAAGUGUUGGAUCUAGAACCAGCAUAUUCAGUUUCCUGAACGAGGCUCCUCCUCUCACCCACGUUGUAUUGUACCUACAGUUUUGCUAAGUAUUUUCUGGUGCAACCAAUGUAUUUUAUACACAUUUUCAUGUAAUCCUUGUACUUCAUUUCAGCCAGGUUGGCACAGUACUUGCUUCCCUCUUCAGGAAUCUUAAUGCUGUUUGGCUGGGAGAGGCUACGUCCCUCUGUGUGUCAUGAAAGUAAUUGAAGAACCUGUUUUCUCUGAGGGAUCUUGUGGGUUGCCAAAAGAUCCCGUGAUCUAUGACAUAAACAGCACAACAAGAAUGUAGCAUUUAAUACCAAGGGAGAUGUUGGAUGGCAAAAAAAAAAAAGUUACUGCAUAUUCUAUCAGGAGCUGUUACAAAUUAUUCAACUGAAUUCUAUAAAAACCAAGGAAUAAAUACAAUUUAUUAAAGAAACCACAAACCAUA